CCCCGCAGUCAUUCGCAUUAGCGUCCAGAGUGUAACAAGACCAGACCGGUUAACAUUCGUAUUGAAGUAGCAUAAUAUCGUAAAAGUUAGAUAAGGAACCCGGCAAAGUUUCACUCUUUUCUCAGCUCGACGAGUUUUCAUUAAAGAAAUGGGUGUCAAGUGGAUUUGCGCCCUUUUUCUCCUCCUGGCGAUAGCAAAUAUUGCCAUCGAGGCGACCCCUUCGAAACCCGAAACAAUAAUUAGAGAACGGCGAAGCCUCAGCGAGUUCGACUCGGCAGCCGCUUCGAUGGUCAGGAAAAAACGGGCAUUCGCUUACAGCAGUAGUUCUACAAGCAAUUCAGGAACAGGUCAGGGAACAACCCAAACCGUAACCAGCGGAGACGGUGCAGCGGUUGUAUCUACAAGCACUUCCGGUAACCCUUCAGGAGGAUCCUUCGCUUACUCGACAAGAACUGAUCCCGAUAAUCCAGGACAGGUUAUAUACACGUACACAGAUUCUACUGGGAAAAAAAUUACCGGUCGCGCUCCAGCUGAAAACUUUCAAACCAACGUUGGUGCUAUUCCAAUUUAUCAGUCUUUAUUUUCUAAUCUUGCGUACGGCUUUAACUUGCAAGCUUUCGUUCAGGACUAUAUCAAAAGCAUUCAAGCUCAACAGGCGACUAUUCAAGCUCAGAUCCAGAGUUCCUUGCCGACGUUCUACGGUAUGAAUAAUUUCGGGGGAUAUGGAGGAGUACCAAAUUUCUUCUCAAACAAUUUUCCCUUCGCUAAUAAUGAUGUCGUCCGCAAUGGCAUGAGCCACGGUCCCAGUGCCAACAGUGAUUAUGCCGCUUCCUCGGCCAGUGUCGGCUCAGAUGGAUCCUCACAAUAUGGUGUGAUAGGCUCGGACUCCGGUGAAACGACCUACUAUGAAACGGCACCUGCUACAUCGGGAGGUAACUACCGUUCAACCUCCUCAAGCUCGUCGUCAUCCUCGGGAGUCGGUCGUGAUGGUAAGAGAUACAGUCACAAAUCAGCGGAGACCGUGGUAAAUGAUAACGGAAAAGUAACGCGCAAGAAGCUGGAAGAAUGAUUUGGAAAGAGCACAUUACACGUCGAGCCUAAUAUUAUACGACAGUUCAACGUAGUACAUAUCAUGAGUAUCGAAUAAUUAGAUACGCCUAAUGGUCAAUUGUUACAAAAUGUGAUAUUCAAUGUUGGUAAAUGUUUAUACCCGUGCAUAUUGGCCAGGAUAUCAAUGAUAUGAGAAUAAUGUUACUUAUACCCUAGUGAAAUUUCACUCAAGUUAUCUCGACUGACUUGAAUUUUAUCUGGCAAGUUAGGAAAUUCUGUUCUCACAGUUCUUUCGAAACACCGAUAGGUGUCCGCAUAAGAAGAAAAAUGUCACCGGGGUAUAUUGAUGAAAUUUUUAUUAUUUUUAAUAUCGUUACUUACGUAUGAUUAUUUAUUUCGAUCACUCCUGAUCCGUAAUCUAAAUCUAUUCUCGGCAAUUAUACCCACGUCGUGAAAUCGCGUUCACUGUUGCAUGGGUUAAGUUUUCACCCAUACUUUUCAAUCUCAUGCAACGCGAUACAACGAGCGAAAUAGAGUGACGUUAAAUUAUUAGCAAGUAAAGCAGAUAUAAUAAUUACUUAAGAAGGUAGAAUUAAUUCGUAUCAAUUGUUGCGCGUAUGCGUAUAGCUCAAUUUACUGGAAACAAUUGUUGCAACGAGCUUUUCGUGUGUUAUAAAUAUACAUAGACUAAAAAAUAAAAAUACAUGGAAAAAGAA